AUUUUCGACAACCCUGCGUCGUUUUUUGUGGGCAUCCUAGUUUACGUUUCGGUGAUGCGGUACAUUUUAUAGAGAUGUGGGGCAACAAUCCAAACAAUUCCAUUAUAUUUACAGAACCAGAUUUUCCGUACAUUCAAGCAUUAGCACCAUUCCAGCCUUUAGCAAUGAAAGCUUUUUAUUGUCCUAUCGAUACAUCACUCAAUUAUCAACAAGCGAAUAAAUUAAUAAAGGAACUUAAACCUAAUGUGCUUGUAAUACCUGAAGCCUACGUUAAACCAUUACCAAAUGCGCCAAAUGUAUUCAUAGAUCAACCAGAUAAAAAAGUAAUGACGUUUAAAUGCGGUGACAUUAUUCGACUUCCACUGAAGCGAAAAAUGGAAAGAAUUUAUUUAAAUCCAGAUGUUUCGCAAGCCAUAGCACCACUUGAUGUAGGAAAUGGUUACUCUAUAGCAAGUUUGACUGGGUUCAUAGAAAUCAAGGAUAAAGUACAUAAUGUUUAUGAUUGUACCAUUGAAUCGGAUCUCUCAAAUGGUGGGCCUUCAACAAGUAAAAUUGGGAAAAUGACUUCAGCACCAAUACCGGAAGAAACAUUAAAAAAGGAAAAGAUUUUAUAUGGCACACUUGAUUCUGAUACAAUAAUAAAAUGUCUUACAAAAGACGGAUUCAAAAAUAUUAAAAUGGAGCGAUUAUCUAAUACAGUAUCACUAAUACUAAACGACGAUAACGCCACUAUAAAAUUUGAAGAUAAUGAAUCAAAUAUAAUUUGUGACAAUAAUGCUACACGUAGAAAAAUAUCUGAAUCAAUGAAGAAAUGCUUUCAAUCGUUUUAAAUGAGAUUUAGCUUAUA